AUGAGAGCUUUAGAAGAACCCAGGAUCUCUAUUGUUCUGUUCUUUCUUUGCUUCUCAAUCUUCAUCACUUUCAGCCUCCAGGCAAAUGAGCUAAAACCAUCUGAAAAAGAAGGAGAGAUGAGAAUGGUGCCAUUAAUGGAGGAGAAGUUUAUGGUCUUUGCUUGCCUUCACCUUGUUGCUAUGCAAUUAACUGCAACAUCCCUAAUAGACCCUUUGGUUAUUGCUCUUUCACACCCAAAACUUGCAAUUGCUUUGGUUGCCAUAUCUGAGAUCUUUCAUUGUGCAGUGAAAGAGUAA